AUGUUAAAUAUCCUGAUGCCACAAAUGGAUUUUCCCUUUUUUCCUCUUCCCGCUUGUCAUAAAAAGCACAAUUUUCCGAUUUUUUUUUUUUUUUCCCCCUUGGGAAUCCCUGAUGUGAAAAUUCAGGUAUAUUUUCAUGAUUCUGAUAGUUUAAAGUGCUUUUUGCCCUCGACAGGCAAAGACACAGUCACCAAGGACAACGGGAUCCGGCCCUCCUCCAUGGAGCAGAUGGGGAAGCUGAAGCCCGCGUUUGUCAAGCCCUAUGGAACUGUGACAGCAGCCAACUCCUCCUUCCUGACGGACGGAGCGUCGGCGAUGCUGAUCAUGUCCGAGGAGAAGGCCCUGGCCAUGGGGUACAAACCCAAGGCCUACCUGAGGGACUUCGUGUACGUGUCCCAGGAUCCCAAGGACCAGCUGCUGCUGGGCCCAACAUAUGCCACCCCCAAAGUGCUGGAGAAGGCCGGGCUCACCCUGAACGACAUCGACGUGUUCGAGUUCCACGAGGCCUUUGCUGGCCAGAUCCUGGCUAAUCUGAAGGCCAUGGAUUCAGACUGGUUUGCACAGAACUACAUGGGCAGGAAGUCAAAGGUGGGAGCCCCUCCCCUGGACAAGUUCAAUACCUGGGGGGGGUCCCUGUCGCUGGGACACCCCUUCGGGGCCACCGGCUGCCGCCUGGUCAUCACUGCUGCCCACAGGCUGAAGAAGGAGGGGGGACAGUUUGGCCUGGUGGCCGCCUGUGCUGCAGGGGGACAGGGCCACGCGAUGAUCGUGGAGCUUUACCCCCAGUAAGCGGUGCCCGUCCGUCCCGUGCCCGGCGAUGCCACCUCAGUGCACUAACAAAUCCUACACCCCCUCCUCCUCCGAGGGGGGGCUUUGUGGCCUUUAUCAAUCCCUUUUUAGCUACUCAGCCAGCGAUUUGUAUCUGAUGAACACGCUCUAUUCCACUUCCAGCAGAGGAAACAGCCAACGGGGCUCGGAGUCUCCGCAGGCUCCUCGUAACCUGUCUGCUCCCUCUGGGAACUCCGCAGGAUUUCUCCCAGUGGGGAACAAAAAUGAUUGCAAAGCUCUGUACAGAGGACUGAGUUUGGAGACAGGGAGAACGUGAAGCAGUGGUGGUGGGUGGGCUGAGGGGGGGCGAAUGCCGUGGGCAGGAGCAGCUCUUGGGGCAGUGGGGUCAGUCCCAGGGGCUGGGCUCGGAGGGGGCAGUUUUGCUGCACGAUGUCCAAAGGCUGUUGGAAUGAGCAAAUUGCAUCUGACAAAUGAAUGUCACCGAGGUAACAACCACAAUAAAUCAGGACAAAACACACGGAA